AAGUCUGUAGCGGUGACAGUUUCUUUGGAUGUAAUGGGGCUAGCCAGAAACUAGCAGCACCGAGCUUUGAAUUGAAUUUGAAGUUUACCGAAAGUUCAAUAGAGAGCGGGUUGAAAUGAAACGCGAUGUCCGGAUUCUGAUGUUGGGGGAACCCAAAGUGGGAAAGACCUCUCUCAUCAUGUCUCUGGUUGGAGAGGAGUUUCCCGAGAAGGUUCCUCUCCGAGCAGAAGAGAUCACCAUACCAGCCGACGUCACGCCUGAGAAAGUGCCCACACAUAUAGUCGACUAUUCAGAAAGUGAACAGUCUGAUGAAGUUUUGCGGGAGGAAAUCGUGAAGGCCAAUGUUGUGUGUGUGGUUUAUGAUGUCACACAAGAGGAAACCAUUGACAAGAUCAGGACUAAGUGGAUCCCGCUGGUGAACGGUGGUGCUGAGAAAGGAAACAAGAUUCCCAUCAUCCUCGUGGGCAACAAGUCCGACCUGCGCUCCGGCAGCUCCAUGGAAACCAUCCUGCCAAUCAUGAACCAGUUUUCAGAGAUUGAGACCUGUGUAGAGUGCUCAGCUAAGAAUCUGAAGAAUAUUUCUGAGCUCUUUUAUUACGCCCAGAAGGCCGUUCUGCACCCGACUGCUCCGCUCUACGACCCUGAAGACAAGCAGCUGAAGCCGCAGUGUGUUCGAGCUCUGAGUCGGAUCUUCAGUAUCUCUGAUCAGGAUAAUGAUCACAUCCUCAGUGACGCUGAACUCAACUGCUUUCAGAAAUUAUGUUUCGGGAACCCACUGGCUCCUCAGGCUCUAGAGGACGUGAAGACAGUGGUGUGGAAGAACACCAGUGAUGGAGUCCAGGACAACGGACUCACUCUCAACGGUUUCUUGUUCUUGAACACUCUCUUUAUCCAGAGGGGACGUCAUGAAACCACCUGGACCAUCCUGCGUAAAUUCGGCUACGAUGACACGCUCGAGUUGACCGAUGACUACCUCUAUCCACCGUUACGAGUAUCGGUGGGUUGCUCGACAGAGCUGAAUCAUCUGGGUCAUCAGUUCCUCCAGAAGCUGUUUGAUAAGUACGACGAGGAUAAGGAUUCAGCGCUCUCCCCCGCUGAGCUGAAGAAUCUGUUUAGUGUUUUACCCUACAUGCCCUGGGGCCCGGAGGUGUACAGUAACGUCUCCUUAUCAGACGACAACUACAUCUCACAGCACGGGUUCUUCUGCCAGUGGAUGUUAUCCGCUUAUUUGGAUGUCCACCGGUGUUUGGAGCAUCUCGGUCACCUCGGGUAUCCCAUUCUAAUGGAGCGAGAGUCCCAGACCUCGGCCAUCACCGUAACAAGAGAAAAGGCAUUGGAUCUGGAGAAGAAACAAACCCAGCGCACCGUGUUCCUCUGCAAAGUGAUCGGUCCACGCGGAACAGGAAAGACCGACUUCCUCCAAGCUUUUCUGCAGCGGAGCACUGAGAGAAACGAGCGUGACCCCGGUCCCCCCACAAUAUACGCCAUCAACACAGUCUCAAUAGCCAAUCAGGACAAGUACCUCAUCCUGGAGGAAGUGGACGUGGAAACAGAGUUUCUAAAAGCAGCAGACGCAGCGUGUGAUGUGGCGUGUCUCAUGUAUGAUGUCAGCGACCCGGACUCCUUCAACUACUGCGCUAGUAUUUAUAAGCAGCACUACAUGGACAGUGGGAUCCCGUGUGUGGUUGUGGGCUCCAAAGCUGAUCUGAUAGAAGUCAAACAGCAUCAUGGGAUGAGCCCGUCUGAGUUCUGCUAUAAACAUCGGCUGCCUUCACCUCUCCGAUUCUCCACGCUGCUCACACACACUCACACACACAUUUACAGCAAGCUCACCUGGGCUGCCAUGUACCCGCACCUGAACGGAUCAGACAUGAGCAGCACGUCUUUCUGGCUGCGUGUGACUCUGGGAACCACAAUAGCUGCCAUGCUGGGCUUCGCUCUGUACAGAGCCUUCAGUCGACACAAAUGAUGCAGACACUCGCGUUCUCUCACAAUACAUGCAGAUAAACACACACUCACUCGUUUCCUGCGCUCUGUCUUGGCCUUACUGAGUCACUGUGGCUUAACAAGGGCAUGAAGCUCUACUAGUUACAGUGACGAUAACACAAUUAAGCAGAUGUUUGUUUGUUUCUUCUCAGCUGGACUAAUGUAUUGCACAUGCUUUGCUUUUAUUACAAAAAGUUCCCGAUCUUACUGUUUGACUGACAUCUGACAUUUUUUUCAUCAUGUUUUGAGGGGAACAAUAUCAAGAAAUGAUUUCAAAGGUUACGUUUCGGAUUGUAUAGAAUAGCUUGGGAAGUCAGUGUGGAUCGUAAAUAUAUUCCAUGUGAAUUCAUAUUCUGUUUCUGAAGUGUGUGUUCAAAGGCAACUCAACGUCGAGGUCGGUUUUUGAGUUUUACCUCAAAAACAUAGUAUAGGAAAUGCACUUAAAUGUAAUUUAUCAUUCCCCCUCUCAAAAUGUUCUGGGUUAAAUAGAAAUUAAAGGAGUAUUUCAUUAACUGACAACUGACUCCAACUCAGGCCAUCCCAAGAUGUUCUGUAUAUUUGGCAAAAAUCUAGCAUCGCUCAUUAAUGGAUGCUCUGAAGUGAAUGGGUGCCGUCAGAAUGAGAGUCCAAAUAGUUGAUAAAAACGUCAUGAUAAUCCACACCACUCCAGUCCAUCAGUUAACAUCUUGUGAAACAAAAAGCUGUAUGUUCGUAAUAAAUCUGGGAACCAUUAUUUCUGGCCGAAAUAUGAGUCCAUAAUCUAUUAUAACGCUUCCUCCAAUGAAGAAGUCUAUUCUCUGUUGUCCUCUCAUCAAAAUCCACCCACAUAUUUCAUUAGACCUCUUUUGGACUGUAAACAGUGUUUAAACUAAACAUAUUUCUCCCAUGAUUCAGACGAGAUUUGUUUUUCACAAGAGAAAGCAAAAAUAUAUUAAUGAUAUACAAGCAUGCAUUAGUUGUGGAUUAUUGUGAUGUUUUUAUCAGCUGUUUGGACUCUUAUUCUGACGGCACCCAUUCACUGCAGAGGACCCAUUGGUGAGCAAGUGAUGCAAUGCUACGUUUCUUCAAAUCUGUACUGAUAAAGAACUGAGGAUAAGUACAUUUUCAGCAGAUUUUUCAUUUGAGUGACCCAUUCCCUUCAAUUUUAGUUGAAUGCUACAGAUUUCAGCCGAAAGCAUUUAAGUGCAUCUUCUAAAUUGGCCGAAUUAAAGCAAAAUAAGCAUCGGUCCCCAUUCAUUUCCAUUUCAUAUUCCACAGAUUGACAUUUAUAUGUUUGGACCACGACUGACAAAUAAAUGUAUGUGUUACUUUUUAAAGACAGCCAAGGCAAAACCCAUUGAUGAUUUUGAGAAUAGUUCAACUGGACCGAAACUUGCAGAAUCUUGCUUUUCUGUUCGCCUAUAUUGAUUGUAGAGAUGAAUGAUUUCUGAUUGUUUAAAAUUGCAGUAAGGAUGGAUGGUGUUAAAGUGUAUUUUAAAUAAUAUUUUAGUAACAUAAAUUGCUCUGAUGAUAUUUAGAGCCCUCCUGUAUAGUUACAAAAACCAGAUAACCAGUUUGAAUACAGUUACUUCAACCAUUAUAAUGGACUGAAAUGGUCAGGAUGGAAAGUUAAGGAUGGCCUGGAUUACUGUAUUUAUAAUAUUGUCCGAACUUGAUUUAUCUUGAAAACAUUGUGAGCAUGUUAACUUUUAUUUCAGCCUAAAAGCAAACCCUAAAGCCAGUUUCAGGGCUGAGGUCUUUCUUGCUCAUUCACGUUGAAUUUGCAUGUGAAGAUACUCCUUCAAAAAGGAAAAUUAAACUUUGGCGGUCCUAAUUUCCUGGUUUAAUUUUCAUAAUUCCUAUAUUUUGUUCAGUAUUAAUGGCCAGUAUUAACUUGCCCUAAAAUCCCCCUGGCCCAUGUCUCAUCAGCCUCAGUCUUCCAGUUUCAACAUCAAAUGAGAUGCUUGGAUUGAAGCCUGUAUGUUCUAAUAGAAAUAUUUUGUAAUAAACUAGCUUUUUUUCUGGUGA